AUGGACUGGGACAAGGAUGGAGAUAUUCUAGCAGUGAUUGCUGAGAAGUCCAGUUGCAUUUAUCUGUGGGAUGCCAACACGAACAAAACCAGUCAGUUAGACAGUGGCUUGAGGGAUCAAUUGUCUUUCCUUCUUUGGUCAAAAUUUGGAAGUUUCUUGGCUGUUGGAACUGUUAAAGGAAAUUUGCUAAUUUAUAAUCGUCAGACAUCUCGAAAGAUACCUGUCAUUGGAAAACAUACUAAGAGAAUCACAUGUGGAUGUUGGAAUGCAGAAAACAUGCUUGCUUUAGGUGGUGAAGAUAAAAUGAUUACAGUUAGUAAUCAGGAAGGGGACACAUUAAGACAGACACCAGUGAGAUCGGAACCUAGUGACAUGCAGUUUUCCAUGAUGAGGACUGAUGACCGAACCUCCACUGCUGAACGCACAAUAAGUGUAGUGGUUGGCAAGAGAAUUUUGUUCCUUUUUAAUCUGAAUGAACCAGAUAACCCAAUUGAUCUGGAGUUUCAGCAACGCUAUGGCAACAUUGUCUGCUACAGUUGGUACGGUGAUGGCUACAUCAUGAUUGGUUUUUCACGUGGAACUUUUGUGGUCAUUUCCACUCAUAUUCGAGAGAUUGGUCAAGAGAUAUUUCAGACUCGUAACCAUAAAGACAAUCUAACCAGUAUUGCAGUAUCACAGACCCUUAACAAAGCUGCUACGUGUGGUGAUAACUGCAUUAAAAUCCAUGACUUGGCAGAAUUAAAAGACAUGUAUGCUAUAAUCAACCUGGAUGAUGAGCAUAAAGGGCUGGGCACCUUGUCCUGGACGGAUGAUGGCCAGCUGCUGGCGCUGUCCACCCAGAGGGGCGCGCUGCAUGUGUUCCUGACCAAGCUCCCCAUCCUUGGAGACGCCUGCAGCACCAGGAUCGCAUACCUCACCUCCCUCCUUGAAGUCACCGUAGCCAACCCUGUUGAAGGAGAGCUGCCAAUCACAGUUUCUGUCGACGUGGAGCCCAACUUUGUAGCAGUGGGACUUUAUCACCUGGCUGUGGGAAUGAAUAAUCGAGCUUGGUUUUAUGUCCUUGGCGAGAAUGCUGUUAAAAAAUUGAAAGAUGUGGAAUAUCUGGGGACAGUAGCCAGUGUUUGCCUUUAUUCUGACUAUGCAUCUGCACUUUUUGAAGGCAAAGUCCAGUUACAUUUGAUAGAAAGUGAAAUGUUGGACGCUCAAGAAGAACGUGAGAUGCGACUUUUCCCAGCAGUGGAUGAUAAGUGCCGUAUUUUAUGUCAUGCCUUAACUGGUGAUUUCCUCAUCUAUGGCACAGAUACUGGUGUCAUUCAGUAUUUCUACAUUGAAGACUGGCAGUUUGUUAAUGAUUAUCGACAUCCCGUCAGUGUGAAAAAGAUUUUUCCUGACCCAAAUGGGACAAGAUUGGUUUUCAUUGAUGAAAAAAGUGAUGGAUACGUCUAUUGUCCAGUUAAUGAUGCUACCUAUGAGAUUCCAGACUUUUCGCCAACCAUUAAAGGUGUUCUUUGGGAAAACUGGCCAAUGGAUAAAGGUGUAUUUAUUGCCUAUGAUGACGAUAAGGUGUACACGUAUGUCUUUCACAAGGACACUAUUCAAGGAUCCAAGGUCAUUCUGGCUGGUAGCACCAAAGUUCCUUUCUCUCAUAAACCUUUGCUGUUAUAUAAUGGAGAGUUGACCUGCCAGACCCAGAGUGGAAAAAUAAACAACAUCUACCUUAGCACUCACUGCUUCCUCGACAAUUUAAAAGAUGAGGGGCCUCAUAAAUUGUGGCAGGUGCUGGCACAGACUUUAAUGCUAAAAAGGUUUUCUGAUGCCUGGGAACUGUGCAAGAUUCUCAAUGAUCACGCUGCCUGGAUAGAACUGGCCAGAGCCUGUCUACACCACAUGGAAGUGGAGUUUGCAAUCCGUGUUUAUCGGACUAUUGGAAACGGUGGCAUGGUGAUGUCCUUGGAACAAAUAAAGGGAAUAGAGGACUACAAUCUUCUGGCAGGACAUCUUGCCAUGUUCAGCAAGGACUUCAACCUAGCUCAGGACCUGUACCUGGCAUCCAGCUGCCCGAUUGCUGCCCUCGAAAUGAGAAGGGAUUUGCAGCACUGGGACAGUGCUCUACAACUGGCAAAACGUUUAGCCCCAGACCAAAUACCGUUUAUAUCAAAAGAAUAUGCUAUUCAGCUUGAAUUCACAGGUGAUUAUGUAAAUGCUUUGACUCAUUAUGAGAAAGGAAUAACAGGUGAUAAUAAGGAACACGAUGAGGUGUGCCUGGCUGGCGUGGCCCAGAUGUCCAUAAGAAUGGGAGACAUCCGCCGAGGGGUUAACCAAGCCCUCAAGCACCCCAGCAGGGUCCUUAAAAGAGACUGCGGAGCCAUCCUGGAGAAUAUGAAGCAAUUUUCAGAAGCAGCUCAACUAUAUGAGAAAGGUCUCUACUAUGACAAAGCAGCCUCUGUUUACAUCCGCUGUAAGAACUGGGCAAAAGUUGGUGAGCUUCUGCCUCAUGUUUCUUCUCCAAAGAUUCACUUGCAGUAUGCCAAAGCUAAAGAAGCAGAUGGAAGAUACAAAGAAGCUGUUGUGGCUUAUGAGAAUGCAAAGCAGUGGAACAGUGCGAUCCGCAUCUACCUAGACCACCUCAACAACCCAGAAAAGGCUGUCAGUAUUGUCAGAGAGACCCAGUCCCUGGAUGGAGCCAAGAUGGUAGCCAGGUUUUUUCUGCAGCUCAGUGACUACGGGUCGGCCAUCCAGUUUCUUGUCAUGUCCAAAUGUAAUAAUGAAGCUUUCACCCUGGCUCAGCAACACAACAAAAUGGAAAUCUAUGCAGACAUUAUUGGUUCUGAAGACACCACUAAUGAGGACUAUCAAAGCAUAGCCUUAUAUUUUGAAGGAGAGAAAAGACAUUUUCAGGCUGGAAAAUUCUUCUUGCUGUGUGGCCAGUAUUCACGAGCACUUAAACACUUCCUGAAAUGUCCAAGUUCAGAAGAUAAUGCAGCAAUAGAAAUGGCCAUUGAAACUGUUGGUCAGGCCAAAGAUGAACUGCUAACCAGUCAACUGAUAGACCACCUGAUGGGCGAGAGUGAUGGCGUGCCCAAGGAUGCCAAGUACCUAUUCCGCUUGUACAUGGCCCUGAAGCAGUACCGAGAAGCCGCCCGCACUGCCAUCAUCAUCGCCAGGGAAGAGCAGUCUGCAGGAAACUAUCGGAAUGCACAUGACGUUCUCUUCAGCAUGUAUGCAGAACUUAAAUCUCAGAAGAUCAAGAUUCCCUCUGAGAUGGCCACCAACCUCAUGAUUCUGCACAGUUACAUACUAGUGAGGAUUCACGUGAAAAAUGGAGAUCAUAUGAAAGGGGCACGUAUGCUUAUCCGGGUGGCCAACAACAUCAGCAAAUUUCCAUCACACAUUGUACCCAUCCUGACUUCCACUGUGAUCGAGUGCCACAGGGCCGGCCUGAAGAACUCAGCCUUCAGUUUCGCAGCCAUGCUGAUGAGGCCUGAGUACCGGAACAAGAUAGACGCCAAAUACAAAAAGAAGAUCGAGGCGAUGGUCAGGAGACCUGAUACAUCCGAGACAGAAGAGGCCACAACCCCAUGUCCCUUCUGCGAAUUUCUUCUCCCAGAGUGUGAACUCCUCUGUCCUGGGUGUAAAAAUAACAUCCCAUAUUGCAUUGCAACAGGUCGACACAUGUUGAAGGAUGAUUGGACGGUGUGUCCACAUUGUGACUUCCCUGCUCUGUACUCAGAAUUCAAGGUCCUGCUAAGCGCUGAAAGCGCAUGUCCUAUGUGUUCAGAAAGAUUAAACUGUGACCAACUGGAAAAAACCUCUGACUGUGCCCAGUACCUGCACACAGACGUGGAGCAGUGA